UCAUCACUCACUUUAUUAUCCGAUCAUGGUGGAAACAGAAUAGAUACAAGUCAUUGCCUCCAGGACCUACCCCAAUGCCUGUGCUGGGAACUCCCAAGUAUAUGGAUUUAAGAUAUGCUAAAAGGAACUUCACAAAGCUUAGUCAGAAAUACGGCUCAGUAUUCACCAUCUGGAAGAAGUCAGAACCUGUGAUUGUUCUGUGCAGGUUACGACACAGUGAAAGACGGCCUGAUGGAUAACGCCGAGUACUUCUGUGAGCGACCAUAUAUCCCAGUAGUGUACAGCUUCAGCAAGGGAUACGAUGUCAAUGGACCACGAUGGCGCUCACUCCGUCGCUUCACCGUAGAUUUUCUUAGGAAGUAUGGGAUGGGGAAGAAGGUCAUGGAGAUGAGAAUAUUGGAAGAGUCCAAGUACCUUGUCCGAGCUGUAGCAGAGUCAGGAGGGAAAGUGUUCAACCCGACAAUGGCCCUGUCCUGCGCUGUGGGAAACACAAUGGGUGGAAUGAUGUUUGGGCUGCACUUUGAUUACAAGGACAAGCAGCUGCAUGAUCUUCUCUUUUCCAUCACCAAACACAUUAGAGGAUUUGUUUCUCCACUAAGCACGGUCUGCAAUUCUCUCCCAAUUCUUCUGAAUAUCCCAUACAUCAGAAAAAAAGUAUUUCAAAAUACUGAAUAUAUUUUGAGAUUCGUGGCAGAAUCUGUAAAGCAUCACAAAGAAAAUUUGAAUCCAGAGUCGCCAAAGGAUUUCAUAGACUAUUUCCUUCUGAAGAUAAAGGAGGUGGAAAAUGAGGUGGAUCCCGAUUUCUGUGACACCAGUCUCCCUGCGAUGGUUUUAACAACUUUAGCAGCAGGAACUGAGACGACAGCUGCCUCCCUAAAAUUCAUUGUGGUGCUAUUGGCCCAUUAUCCAGAAGUGCAAGCUAAAGUUCAGCAGGAGAUAGAUGAGGCAACCAAGAACUUGCGUCAACCUGAGAUCGCAGACAGACCCCAGAUGCCGUACACAUACGCUGUCAUCCAUGAAAUACAGAGAGUUCUUGAUAUUGCACCAACUGCACUUUUCCAUGCCGUCAAUCAAGAAGUCAAGUUCAGAGGUUACACCAUCCCAAAGGGAACAACCGUGAUCCCCUUCCUCACUUCCGUCCUGAUGGACCCAUCUCAGUGGGAGACUCCAGAAGAGUUCAACCCUAGACAUUUCUUGACUGAGGAUGGGCAGUUCCGCAACCAGUUGGCAUUCAUGGUUUACUCAGCAGGGAAGCGAGUUUGUCCUGCAGAGAACAUGGCCCGCAUGGAGCUCUUCCUGUUCAUAUCCGCUCUGCUCCAAAAAUUCACUUUCAUCCUUCCCCCGGGAACAAAACGUCAGGAUGCAAAAUUUCUGAACUUACACAAGACUGAAAUCCUUUUAUAUGCCGAGAUACUCGCUGAACCUCGUAUGUUGUCCAAGUGACCGCCUGAUGUCCAGCCGCGCACCAUGGAAGAGAAUGAGAAGACAUAACAAUCCAGAAAAUGAUGAAUGAAAAUAUGUUAAAAUGUUUAGAAUAUUGGUAAUCCAGAUACAAUGUUACUGUAGCUUUCCCUUUGUAAUUACAGCUCAGACAUCACAUGUCAGAAUAUCUCAUGACAUGUCCUAUUGUGAUUACAGGAGAUUAUUCCACCAUGUUCUGUAUAUUAGAAGCCUUCUAGGGGGAAUGGGGUGAAAUCCACUUCUGUAUAUGGAGAUUUGGAUCAUUUAAACAUUUUAACUAGAGAUGAGCAAAUUGAUUCUAAAAAUUCAAAAUAUAUCCAGAUUUUAUAUAUUUUUUUAAAUUUAGAUUUUUUUAGAACCUACGUUUAUUGAUAUUGAUUCUAGUGAAUUUUUCCAGAGAGAGAAGAAGCGAGAGAGAGUACAGUACAUUCAAUAGUAUAUUCAAGGGUUGAUCCGUAUACAAAUCAAAUUGCAUGGCCGAAUUGUACGAAUCGGACAAAAAAGAAAGUUAACAAAAUGUGGUCAUCUCUAAUUGUAAUAUAACAAUAGAAUAGAAUAUGGUAAAUAAGUCUAACCAGUUAACCCUUUCCCUGCCAGGUGCUUUUGGACUUUUCUGCACCUUUGGCGGCCCGGAGAAUAUUCACAGUUUUUAGUGCACAUAUUGUGUAACCCAAAUUACAAGCCAGAAACACAACAACCCCCAUACCUAUAUAUUUUUAAACAUGUUCUCAAAAUGCAGCGCAGCACUUUAGACACAAAGAGAACUUGAUACAAUUUUGUGUAAAAGUGUACAUUUUCAUUUAAAUAAAUUGUAGAAAACUUAAAACUUGGGGCUAAAAGCAUAACCAAAUCAGAAAAUUGGACUCAUAACACUCCUAAUGGAGAUAACCGAACCAGUGAAGGUUCAUUUCGGGUCUGGUUCGUCAAAUUUUUUAAAAAGUUUGUUUUGGACCCGAAUUGAAUCAGGCUGAACCAAAGAUGCUCCAAUUGCCCUGAAAGUUGGUAUAUAACCCCCUCUAGCCUCCUAGGAUAACGCAAUAGUUAAUGAUUUCUGAGUGACGCUGACAUACAUGUGGGUAAAUGCAUGUUUGACAGCAUUGACAUACAGCGUGUUACCACAGCGCGCCGACACAUGUGUUCUGCUUUUUGCAUAUUUCAAAGCUGCCCUCAUUGUGGGCAGAUGAUGUUUAAUCUUUUGCCUAUCGCUGCACGACUUUAUACGUCACGGCGGUGGGCUCCUAUCUGUAAAAGAAAAAAAAUGAAAAAUUCAAAAAUUAUAGCAAUAGUUGCUAGUAUUAGCAAUAGUAUAGCGACUACGUACACACCCAUACAAUUAUAUAACCCCUUUUUCGUUCAUGAAAAAAAAAAAUGAAUAUAUAUUUAUUAUAUUUAUAUAUAUUUAUUACUAUUAGCAAUAGUAUAGUGGAAUUUGUGUGUGUAAAAUUUACAAACAUAAACACAUUAUAUAUUAUAAAAAACUAGGUAUUCAUUUUAGCUAUAUUUUGUAUAGCAGGUUUUUUUUUCUGUGUAAAAUAUACAAACAUACGCAUAUUUUUUUUAU